CCCAAAAGUCUUGCAGCUAUCAUCCAAAAGCUCGCGCAUUUGUACUUCCUCCGGCCGACAAGUAGUAAUACCUACUUGUCGGACACACUACAUUGAAAAGCCAAGCUUAAUCGAUCGUAAAGUUUAACAUAAUCGCGCGUGCGCGCACACACAGCUCGAGCUCAGCUAUAAAAUCCCAUCAAGUUCCGUUUUUUGCGCGCGAGAAUAAAUCCCCGCAGGUAGGGGCGAGCUGGGCAAAAAAUCGGGCGCCGCCGAAAAAAAGUCGGGCGGGCGAUAGCAGGUAGGCUAAUCUGGCGGCGCGGAUUAACGGCGAGCGGACGCGCGAGAGGCAAGGUAGGCGUCUAUCGCUCGCCCGCGGAAUUAGCAUAACGAGGUGCGCGCGCGCCAAUGGCGUGGCGGUCUCACGGCGACCAAUCGCUCGCCCCCGUAGGCGUCGCCCCGAAAACCCGCCCCCUCGAAGCUCCGUCGGCCGCAAGCUCGCCCUGCGCGUCGCGCCAGUGUAUCGGCGGACGUGCUCGCAGCGAGCGCAGGCGUGCGAGCGCCAGCCCAGACUCUGCCAGGCCUCGUCAGUGUGGGUGUGCGCGCCAGUGCGAUCGCGUCGUCGCCGCGCAAGCCUCACAUGCCGGAGCACCGCCGCGGCAGCAUCAUAGCGACGAGCGCCGCCGAGGCGGCGCCCUAUGUCGUCGACGAGGUGGUCAAGAUGGAGGCGGAGGAGCACCUCGCGCGCGAGUACGUGCAGGACUUUGUGCUCGACCACCUGGACCCGGGCGACGUGAAGCGCGAGGCGGCCGCCGCGCUGGCGGCGGCCGGCGGCGCCGACAAGCCGGCGAAGCCGCUGCUGACGGCGUUGGUGCGCGCGCCGGAGGGCGCCGCGCUGCAGCAGCUGCGGAUAGCCUCGCCGCAGCAGCAGCAGCAGCAGCAGCAACAGCCGGCGAUGCCCGGGCCGCUGACGCCGCCGGCGCACGAGCUGGAGGGCACGCAUGGGCUGCCGCUGUACGGACAGCCGCCGGGCGCGGUGCAGGUGCAGCAGCACGGCGUGCUCGUCAAGCUGCCCUACGGCCCGGGCCUUACCACGCUGUCCUCGCAUCCGGGCACGCCGCCCGACACCCCGCCAGUCUCCGCGUCCCCACCAGCGUUGCAGCACUUGCAGCGGUUCGAGCGUGGACUCGAGAGACUGCAGCUGCAGAGCCAGCAUCUGCAGCAGCCGCCAGCGCCGCCGCCGCCGCCGCAGCAGCAGCAGCAGCCGCAGCCGGAGGCCAUUCUGCCCGACGGAAUGCCCUGGCUGACGCAGAGCCUGCGUCAGGAGCCGCUGGACCUCAGGCCGCACUGCCCGCAGGAGCAGGCCGGCUCCGAGACCGAGAUGGACGCCGAGCACUGGCCGCCGCACCAUCUGCCCGACCUCGUGCAGCACCACCACCACCAGCCCGGCACGCCGCACCCCGCCGCCCACCUCGUCAGGCACCCCAGGCACAACGACGGCUACAUGAUGGGCGGACACAUCGAGUACUACUCGAGCAACGGUCCGAACAAUGGCAUGAUGCCCAUGCAAAUUGAAGACGCCGGGAUGCCGAUGCAGAUGCAGCAGCAGCAGCAGCGCGAACGGCAAUUGCCGGUCAGGCCGUUGAGCGUCUGCUCGGGCAGCUCGUGCGGUCCUGGACCGAACAGUCAAAAUGGUGGACCGAGUCCCGUUCAUCGUGCCUCCAUGCAUCUCGGCGGUCCGCCGGUGAGCGGCAGUCACGAGGAUUUGCUCAACGACGACUUGCUGAUGUCGCUAACGGUCCGGGAGCUCAACAAGCGGCUGCAAGGAUGUGCUAGGGAAGAGAUCGUUCGCCUGAAGCAGAAGCGCCGCACGCUGAAGAACCGUGGCUACGCGCAGAACUGCCGUAGCAAGCGAAUGCAGCAGCGCCACGAUCUCGAGACAGCCAACCAGAAUCUGCAGCACGAGCUGGACAUGAUCAAGCUGGAGCUGGCAAGGAUACAACAGGAGCGCGACGUCUACAAGCAACGCUACGAGUCCGUCUUGAGGCCCCGAGCGCAGCAGCAGCAGCAGCAACAGCAGCAGCCGCCGCCGCCGCAGCAGGCUCAACAACACGCGCACCCGCAGCAACAGCAGCAGCCCGCGAGUCCCGAGGUGUACCUGUGACAGCGAGCUCGCUGGACCUGAGGCUGCCGGUGAGUGUGACGGCCAAGCUCUCCGUCCGGCUUUCCAUCGUAGACAAUGAUUUUUUCGUUUCUUUCUCAGUCUGUUAUCUCCCUACGAACACGCGUCUUCUAUAGGUAUAUGAGUCUUCCUUCACCCUCCCCCGCCCCCGGCGUCAUGAACGUUAGAGGUCGAGAUUAGCUCGUUGUAGAUUUUUAAUCGUUAUGUGCAAAGGGCGUUUUCCCUGGAUCACCGAGCAACUGGAUGAAACAGUUUGGACGGAUUAUGUUAGGUCGAUUUACACGGACAAGCUUCUUCAUCUGAUUAGCGUACGAUUUGCAAUUAACUGGGGGUGUGCAUAAGAUUAGGUUGUUGACUAUCGUUGUUUUCUUGUCGUAAGCUGAAAUUGUGAUUUCGAUUUAUUGGCUAUUGUCUUUCUUUCGUGAGUUUCGAUAGUUAGUAUUGUUUUGUUAAAAUUUCCGGAGACUUAUUAAUUAGUGAAGAGUUUAUAAUACAACCGUUGAAUUGUGGGUUAUUGUUGAAAUAUUGUUUGUAUGUUUGAUAAUUAGUUUCGCGUUUGAAAACUACUCUCACAGCGAUAAAUUUCUAUCCUCGAAAAAUGAAGGUUCGAUCAGAAACGCUCAAUCCAAGAAAAUGCCCUUUAAUGCCUCCCUCCCCCAUGUCUCGUACGAAUCUUUGACUGUUUGUUACGCGCAUCGGAUGCGCUAUCGACAAAAGUCAAAGCUAUGACAUUGUAUCAAAAUUGUAAGCACCGAUUAUCGGUACGAAUUCUCAUCUCUAUUUCUCUCUCUGCCUCACUCUCUCUCUCUCUCUCUCUCUCUCUCUCUCUCUCUCUCUCUCUCUCUCUCUCUCUCAAUUUUUUAUCUGUCUGAUGAACCAAAGUAGAGGAAAUUGCGAUACCCUCUCGUCGCUGUGGCUCUCCCGUCGGACGGAUCUACUUCAGCGCAUUCAUGCGCGCAUUUUCCUCUUUCACACACACGCGCGCGUGCGAUGGACUUGGUCUUAUCGCGUGCAUUUUAAUCGACUCGAACUUCGCGAUAACGCUUCAAACCGCGCGGUUUGACCUCUCUCGUGUGCUCCCGUGCACUCUUCACUUAUGUCAUCCACGUCCCGUGCACGCGUUUUCGCGUUAUAUCUCGGCGUUCUCAACAGAGAGAAAGAGAGAGAAAGAGAGAGAAAGAGAGAGAAAAAGAGAGAAAGAGAGAGAAAGAGAGAGAAAGAGAGAGAAAGAGAGAGAAAGAGAGAAAGAGAGAGAGAGGGGGGGGGGGGGGAAAGAAUGCACGAGGUCGCGUUGAGCUGCGUUACUUUGUCUACUUUUCGCAAUGGCGAUGCGAACCAGAGAUCGCUCAUCGUGUUUGCGCGCAUGCCUCCUUUUCUCGUCGAGCGGGUGUGUCGACGUGUCGCGGCAACAAUGUCAGGGUUGAUAACGCGCGAACGUUGCUGCACAUUUCGAUUUAUCGCGAGAUAAGUUCAGUCAACUUUGCAUCCUUGAAAUUGUAGCUCCAGCUUUAUCUUGAUAUCCAUUGGAUUCGCAAAUAUAUGCAACAAUCCGCUGCAAUUUCUCGGAUUUACAGAAUUUAAUCUGGCGACAAGCGAUAUGUUGUAAGGUUCAAUAACAUUUUCAGCGAUUGCGCAAGCAGUUGCGUGCAUUUUUCUGAAAUUCUAUUUAUAACGUUAUCCUUACUUCAUGCAAUGCGAGUCUACGCGUACCAUCGAUCGCGUGGGUCAAGGAAAUGUAAGUUCAAGUUCAAGGCGCAAAAAAGAAACGGGCAAAAAUUAUUAUUACUGCAUUGCGACGAUAUACUUUAUCAAUUCCAACUGGUCUUGGAUUGGACUCUCAUUUGAAGUUGUCGACGAUAAAAAAAAAUGGAAAAUUGCUUGAAGGUAAAUCGGCGUCGUGCGAAUCCACACAGGCUUCGAGUAUCGCGUGUCGCGCUGUCGUAUAGUGCCAGCGUAUUAGCGUUGGAACGCGUUACAAAUAUUUCGAGCGGCGCAGCUCGACUCAGUCCAACGCUGAUCAGCGCGAAUUUCGGGAAAAGGAGAUCCAGCGCUCGGACACACCCGCUCGAGCACGCGUUCCGCUGAGACGUCCGUUGGCCAAAGACUGCGACAUAGAGCGGGCACGCGACUUCCUCAGAUGGAGAUCCUCGUAGAGGAAACUUAUCACUAGAUUGUAAACGGUACGCGCGCGCGCGCAUGGCCCUCUUACAGGUGCUCGCUUUUUUAGCGGCGUCAACGCCGGAACGCAACCAACAAUUAUUGUCGUAGCGCAAAAAGAAGAAAAACAAACAAAGAUUUGUAACCCAGAGCUUCGUGUCGGCGUGUCAAAGCGCGCACGCAUCUGGUGCAAUAACGAAGGCGAAUUCGAUGGAUUUUGUAAAUAAGAGAAAAAAAAGAUACGGACUUGUAAAUCUUAGCGACAGUGUGUCAAACUUACAAGUCUUAUAUUCGUCUGUCAAUAUAGCGAAAGUAUUAUUUUUAUCUGUAUCGUCUGCGAAUUGUUUCUCCUUUUAGCAAUGUAAGCUUUACAGCGGGACGAAUAUUGUACAUUGCGACGGUGAGGAAAUAAUCAUUGUUAUAUAUCUGUUGACUCGUAUGAUUUUAAUGGCACAAAAAAGUAAUAAACAAAUGACGUACGUUGAGAGAGAGAGAGAGAGAGAGAGAGUGGUUUUUUGUAAAUUGUAAUCUACAAAUAUCACACUGAUAAUGUGAAGAAAUAAUGGGAAAUGACUAGAAAGCGUGGCUUUGUAAUUAUAAACGCGCGCACGCGUCCAAAAAAAAAAAAAACAAAAACAAAAUAAUCAAAUCUAUCUCUUUUGUCUCUUGUAAAUACAGAACAUACACGAGCGAACGAAGCAAAAAGUUAUUAUAAUAAUUGAAGAAAAAGAAAAAAAGUAUAAAACGAAAUAAAGAACG